UAAAGUGCAAUCUUUUGUUUAAUGUUCACCUGCUUCAGACUAUAAGUGAUAUGAGUAUUUGAUUAAGGAACUACAACCUUUGAACCUGUUGUAAUAAAGGUGCAAAGAUUGCCUGGAUGCUAAAGACAUUUAUCAAAGCAAGAGCUGUUUCAUGUGCAGUCUCAGCAUGGCAGAGCUGGAUAGAUGAACAGACAGGAAAUAGCUCUGAGGCUUGUUAAAUAUAUCUGAAGUACGAAAUAUACACCUGCUGGAAAGAGAGAAAAAAUAGUGCAGCUCCAAAAUGCACUUCAUACUUCAUUUCCUGUUCUCCCCGCUUCCAACGCCAGCGCUUAUUGGACUCUUCACCCUUGGACUUAGCGCCUUGGUCUGGCUCAUAACCAGGUCAAAACCAGUAAGGUGUCCAGUGGACCUUAACAAGCAGUCAAUCGGAACAAAGGGAAGUGCCCGAAGAUCAGCGUUAAUAAAUGAUGACACACCCAUGUCUUACUACUACGAUGACGCCAGGACCUUGUAUGAAGGGUUUCAGAGAGGACUGCUUGUCUCUGGUAACGGUCCAUGUCUGGGAUACAGAAAACAAAAUCAGCCGUAUCAGUGGUUGUCAUAUCAGCAGGUAGUGGACCGAGCACAACAUCUGGGAUCAGGGCUUUUGAAGAAAGGAUGUCGAGCAGCCUCAGAAGAGUUCAUCGGUAUCUUUGCCCAAAACAGACCAGAAUGGAUAAUUUCAGAGCUUGCCUGCUACACAUAUACAAUGGUGGCUGUUCCUCUGUAUGAUACCUUGGGAAGUGAAGCCGUCAUAUUUAUCAUCAACAAAGCUGAGAUUUUCACUGUUAUUUGUGACAAGGCUGACAAGGCUAUAACACUACUUAAGAACUGUGAGAACAAACUAACUCCAGGACUUAAAACAAUAAUUCUUAUGGAUUCAUUUGAGAAUGAGUUAAAGGAAAGAGGAGCUAAGUGUGGUGUGGAAAUCGUGUCAAUGCAAGAAGUGGAGAGAAUUGGCAAAGAAAAUCUACAGAAAGCCAUUCCUCCCAAGCCAGAGGACCUCAGUAUUGUCUGUUUCACAAGUGGUACUACAGGUGAUCCUAAAGGAGCCAUGUUGACCCAUGAAAAUGUGAUUGCUGAUGCCGCUGGGUUUCUUAAAAGCCUGGAGUGCUUAAAUGCUCCUGUGGUUGAAGACAUUUCAAUAUCUUUCUUACCGUUGGCUCACAUGUUUGAGAGAGUGGUACAGACCGUCAUGUACUGCAGCGGAGCCAGAGUUGGGUUCUUCCAAGGAGAUAUUCGCCUUCUGGUUGAUGACAUGAAAGCUCUGAAACCCACAGUGUUUCCAGUUGUACCCCGACUGCUUAACAGGAUCUAUGACAAGGUGCAAAGUGGGUUAAAUACGCCAUUCAAGAAACGAUUGCUAGAGUUUGCUUUAGCCAGAAAACAUGCUGAGGUUAAAAAUGGAAUCAUACGGAAUAACAGCAUUUGGGACAAGUUAAUCUUCCAGAAAAUCCAGGCAACAACAGGUGGACGGAUACGUGUGAUGGUCACGGGGGCUGCUCCAAUUUCACCGAAUGUCCUCUCUUUCCUGAGAGCAAUCCUGGGAUGUCAUAUUUUUGAAGCUUAUGGGCAGACAGAAUGCACAGCAGGAUGCACAUUUUCUUUGACUGGUGACUGGAGUACAGGUCAUGUUGGUGCACCGAUUCCAUGCAAUGUUGUAAAAUUAGUUGAUGUUGAGGACAUGAACUACUUUGCAGCUAAUGGAGAAGGAGAGGUCUGCGUCAAAGGGACAAAUGUGUUUAAAGGAUAUUUAAAAGAUCCAGAAAAAACAGAGGAAGCACUUGACUCUGAGGGCUGGCUUCAUACAGGGGACAUUGGACAAUGGCAGCCGAGCGGUACUCUGAAGAUAAUCGACAGGAAGAAAAACAUCUUCAAGCUAGCUCAAGGAGAGUACAUAGCACCAGAGAAAAUUGAAAAUAUAUAUAUCAGAAGUGCUCCCGUAGCCCAGAUCUUUGUACAUGGAGACAGUCUACAGUCCUGUUUAGUGGGUAUUAUUGUCCCUGACCAAGCUGUUCUUCCACAGUUUGCAGCAAAGAACGGAUUAUCUGGCUCAUAUGAGGACCUCUGCAAAAACUCGGUACUGAAGAAAGCUAUCAUAGCAGAUAUGGUUAAACUUGGGAAAGAAGCUGGACUGAAAACCUUUGAACAAGUCAAAGACAUAUAUGUUCAUCCAGAGCUGUUCACCAUUGAAAAUGGCCUUCUGACACCAACACUUAAAGCAAAAAGAGCUGAAAUAGUCAAACUUUUCAAGGAACAAAUUGACAACUUGUAUGCAAAUCUGAAUUGAAUAAAGCAUGGAUUAACAGUGAUUUAACUGCAGCUGAUAUGGACAGCACACUGUGGUACAGGAGAGCUGCGAAGAACCUGCACAAGACGAGGCACUGGGGCAUCAUGUCGCAACUUUCUGUUUGCUUCACUAUUCCAACUUCAAAGCACAGACCAGUCAAUUAAACUUAUUGACCCAGUUUCAGCUACUUUGUGACUUUUUGCAUGAAAUAAUGCAACAUACAUCAAAUUUGUCUUGCUCUCAAUUACUCAAAAAGAAAAAGAAAUGAAAUUUAUGCAUGUACAAAUAUUUUCAGAUACUUUUUCUUAAAAUGUACAUGUCAGAAGUACACCCAACCCCAAAUGAACUGAUUGCAGCCCUUGUGCAUCACCAGAGAGGACUGUCACUUUAGUUUUUGGAUACCACAGUAACCCAUAAUCAUGACUCAGAACAGUAUGGAUACACACUUCCUGCAUCCAGAGGAGUACAAAAGUGGCUGUAUUUCUCAUAUUACUGAACCACAAAUAUGUGUACUUGCCAUAUGACAUGUCAUAUGGCCACUAGGAGUGUCACAUUUGAAUCUUAAUAGGCCUUAGUGGGGUUUGGGGGCGUGCAAGUAAACCCCAGUUCCCACAGAUGAUGACAAUGUGAUACACUAACUCUAGGAUGGACAUGUAUAUAAACAGUUGUUGAAGUAAGAUGCUGCCUCCUACAUACUAGCAUUUUCAUGUCUGACUUCCUGUGAAUAAAUACAGAACACUUAAGUA